AGAUAUAUAUUCAUCUAUAUCACACUUAAAUUGUUAUCGAUAUAAAGGUAUCGACCAUAUGGUUUCAUCACUAAGUACUCACGUUACAAUUUACUAACUACAUAUUUUUUGUUUGUUCAUUGUUUGUAUAAAUUCCGCUGAAAAUGGAAAUGCUGCAAGGAGCCUCAUUAUUGUCUCGUCCCGCCGAAGAAUUCGGCAAUGAUGAACUCGUUGAGGAGAUGUGGGCUUUAAAGGCAAUGGAUCAUGCUGAAGUUUAUUUCAAUCUUCUCACUAGCGUGCACCCCUCAUGUCUGCACCUUACCCCAUAUGAUGAUCAAAUAUAUCAAGUAUUUCGGGAGGAUUUUCCUGAUCUGAAAUUGGAACUCAUAACGGAUGACGUCCUUAAAUCAGACGAUGCCAAAAUUCGCUGGCGCUUGUUUGCAGAGAAAUUCAAUAAAUUGGAAGAUUACGCAUAUGGAACAUUAAUACGUGCCGAUGCAUCAAAAGAAUUUUCACCAGAAAAUUCUCUUCUUGUUGUACGUAUACAGUUUUUAGCUAUAGAAAUUGCUCGUAAUCGAGAAGGACUAAACGACGAAGUACAUCGCAAAUGUCGACCUCCACCACGAACUGCAGAUGCAGUAAGCUUGGUUCCAGAAGAAAUGCACGAUGCGUAGAUUUUAAGUUAACAAAAAUAUAAGUAAUCACUUUCAUAUUUAUAUAGUAUAUAUCUUUUAUAUUUUCGUAAAUUGAAAAAUAUACAAAACUGUCUGAAAACUACAAA